AUGAAGCAUAUCAAAUGCGUUGUUGUCGGUGAUGGUGCAGUCGGUAAGACUUGCCUUCUUAUCUCAUUCACUACAAAUGCUUUCCCGGGUGAAUAUAUCCCAACAGUUUUCGAUAACUACUCUGCAAACGUUAUGGCUGAAGGACAUCCUCCAGUCAACCUCCAGCUUUGGGAUACAGCUGGCCAGGAAGACUACAAGAAGCUUCGCCCACUUUCUUACCCUCAAACAGAUGUUUUCCUCCUCUGUUUCUCUUUAGUUUAUCCAGCUUCUCUCGAGAACAUCGAGACCAUGUGGAUCAAAGAAAUCAAGGAAUACUGCCCAGACAAGCCAUACAUCCUUGUCGGUCUUAAGUCCGAUCUUCGUGAUGAAUUCGAUCAGCGCGCAGAUGAACUCCGCGCUAAGGGUUACGAGCCAAUCCCACGCGCUAAGGGUGAGGAAAUGGCAAAGAAGAUCAAUGCCUGCUCCUACAUAGAAUGCUCUGCCCUUAAAUCAUACAACCUCACUGAAGUUUUCGAUGAAGCCGUCAAGUACGCUCUCGAACCCCCAGCUCAGCAGACCCAGACUAAAGAAAAGACAGGUGGUGGCUGCUGCGAACUUAUUUAA